GAACGCAGGUGGCGGCCGACGGAGGGCUGCAGCGCAAGUUGUGUCAGGCACGCCCGAGGGCAGCCCCCGCGGGCCGUCCCAGAGGCCCCCGCGCCGCCGGGGUCCUAACAGGCAACUCCGCCUUCCGCCGCACGUGGUUGCUGCGCGAUGCCUAAAUCCAAGCGCGACAAGAAAGUUUCCUUAACCAAAACUGCCAAGAAAGGCUUGGAACUGAAGCAGAACCUGAUAGAAGAGCUUCGGAAAUGUGUGGACACAUACAAGCACCUUUUCAUUUUCUCCGUGGCCAACAUGAGAAACAGCAAGCUGAAGGACAUCCGGAACGCCUGGAAGCACAGCCGGAUGUUCUUUGGCAAAAACAAAGUGAUGAUGGUGGCCUUAGGUCGAAGCCCAUCUGACGAGUACAAAGACAACCUGCAUCAGGUCAGCAAGAAGUUGAGGGGUGAAGUAGGUCUCCUUUUCACCAAUCGGACUAAGGAGGAAGUGAAUGAGUGGUUCACAAAAUACACAGAAAUGGACUACGCCCGCGCUGGAAACAAAGCAGCUUUCACCGUGAGCCUGGACCCGGGGCCCCUGGAGCAGUUCCCCCACUCCAUGGAGCCUCAGCUGAGGCAGCUGGGCCUGCCCACUGCCCUCAAGAGAGGUGUGGUGACCCUGCUGUCCGACUAUGAGGUGUGCAAGGAGGGUGACGUGCUGACCCCAGAGCAGGCCCGCAUCUUGAAGCUUUUCGGAUAUGAGAUGGCUGAAUUCAAAGUGACCAUCAAAUACAUGUGGGACGCACAGUCGAAAGGAUUCCAACAGAUGGGAGAUGACUUGCCAGAGAGCGCCCCCGAGUCGGCAGAAGAAUCAGAGGAAGACGACGAUUAAGACAACGGUUGACGGGCACUUGGGACUGAGCGUGUCCCGGCCCGUUCCAGGUGUCUCCUCUUGACUGGACCACACAGGACCACUGCCGCCCCGCUUGGGGGAGCAGCUAUGGAUGAAGACAAGGGUGGGCGAGAGGUACAGACUGUUCUAUAAAGAAUAAAACCUUGUCUGCAGGAUGUCUCCCUGUAGACGGAAAAAGGGACUUUUCUCAGCAAAAAAAGGCCUAAGAUUUGGGCUUUUGUUUGAGUCCUAGGGUUCCCUUUGUUCACCUCACAAACCAGCUUCCAGCACUGGUUCCUGCAUGACCACUGUGGCCAUGCAGCUCUGGGGACAGGAGAGCACUCACCAGGGCUCCUGUCCUCUGGCUUUCGGUUCCCUUUGCUUGAAACAGGGAUUUGCUGAGGAAAAUGGGCACCGCAGCUGCCCUUCCUCCCCCCACACAGACUCGUGGAUGGAGCUGGGACUCACGGAUGGCCAGAAGUCAGGGGGCUCUGCUAAGACAGGAGUAAAGCUACCACUGAGAUUGUGA